UAUAUAUAUAUAUAUAUAUGUAUAUAUUUGUGCGUGUGGUGCAUCUCGGUGAAUCGUAAGUUUUUCGCAAACUAUAUAACAAGCCCGAUCGAUACAGCGGAAACAAUUCGGAGACGAAAAUUGGGAAAUUUCUCGAAGUAGCCUGCUGGGAUUAUCUUCCGCGUUUGUGGUGUUACCGACUGACGUGCACACACACACACGCGCGUAUACAUAUAUACACGGAAAAGGGGAAUGCGUAUUUUGGCUGUGCAAGUUUUCGAUAAAUUAAACGCUCCGAUUUAGAGCGGCGAACGGUGUGAUGCCCGAUCGGCCAUACGACGGUUGUCGAAUCAUCAAAUUCUGUAAUCGCGAUAGCGCGAUUGCUUACGCUCGACCGUGUCACGAAUGCAGGAAACCGGAAGGAAGUGUAUAUGCAACACCGCUGCGACAAAAAUCCAUGGCUUGACGCGUUAGCGGUUCUCUCGUAGGGCCCUGUUAUGACGUCAGUUAACGGCUCGCAUGAUUUUCGUACUUAAUGCUAAACCUAACCUCAACGGGUGCAAUACAAAGCGCUUAUAAUUGAAGAACCAUCGCUGCCCAAUUACAGUGGAUGGAACAAGAAAGACGAUUCGGGCGAUUGGUUUUCCAGACGGCUUUCUUCGUAAACGACUGAGCAAUUCGUACUUAACAUCGAUUUUGGCGGAGGGACGUUGUGCCGGCGUUAUAUGCCUGUUUAUAUUCGCGGUGUAACAACCCAGUUCCGUGUGUGAAUCGUAAUCUCAGUGAGUGCAUCAAGCGUGGCGGGAAACGCUCUCUGAUAUUAAUAAUUUGUUUUGCUAUUGAGAAAAGCACCUUGGGAACGCGAAAUUUUGUGUCGUGACAAAGGCCGGUGAUCGAUUAUCACGGGAAUUAACGACGGCCGCUCCCAGAACAUUUUUACACGGUGCCAGCGCAUUGUUUUGAGAUUCCUCGAUGGAGAGUGCCGGCGGUGACAAGCAGAACGAGUCGGACGAGUGCGAUGUGAUCGGGAACAAUCGGCACGAUGGCAAGAUGACCGGCCAGGAGGACACGAACGUGAAGAUCAGCGAGGAUCUGACGGCGAAGCAAGAGGCCAUGAAGAACUUGAAGAAUCUGGAUACGAUCGGUCAGAACGACCAGGAGACCGCGGAGAAACUGUCGAAGGCGGUGUCCCAGGAUGACGAAGACGAGGAGGAGGACGAGUGCAAGGGAUCGGACGAAGACCUGAAAGAGGAGAAAACCGACGGCAAGAAGGACGAGGAGUCGUCGAGCAGCACAACGUCCACCAGCACGUCCGAUGACGAGUCUGAGACCAGCUCGGAUGAUAAGACAGAGGCGUCGAAGACCGAACAGACGAAGACGAUCGAGCCGGAGGCAAAGAAAGAGGAACAGCCCAAGUACGAUGACACCACAGACGACAGCGACAUCGAAGACGAUUUGAUCUCUGCCAUCAACUACAACACGAUCACAUCACUGGCUGCUCUUAAGGACAUGCUACAGUCUUCCGGGGAGAACUCGGACGGUGUUGACAGUUUCUUUCAUCAUUACUUUCUGUCACACGUGAACCGGCUGCCAUCCAGGAACCAGACCCACAGCCCCUAUCCUUGGGGCAGAAGGCUGUCCGAGUGCAGGGAGGAGGACGAGUACGAGACCGAGGAAGGGAAGAACGUGGACAUCCAAUCAGUGGCCAUCGAUAGCAAGAAGGAUGUCCCGAAGAUCGAGGAGCCGGAGGAGAAGAACGGGAACGGCUCCUCGAAAGCGUCCAGUCCGUCCAUCUCCGAAAAGUCCAGCUCGGAGAGGAUCGAUCAGAAAUCGAACGCUGCCCAGAGCGUCGCCGAGCCGAAAGUUACGGUUCCGGCCCCUGUGACCACCACGACCAUCGUCAUCGCCACUACCACGACACCGACGCCCACCACGGCGUCCACGACCACCAUAGUGACAACCACCGCCACGUCGAGAUUCACCACGUGCGCCGUCACCUCGCCGACAUCGGCCACCAAGCCUCAGCUGAGGAGACGACACACCGCUGGACCCGGAAUGACCUUCCCUGCCACCGAUCCGCCGACCUACUCGUCCAGCAUGACCUUCUCGAGAACCAGCCCGUUACCCAGUCCCCAUCUCGACAAAAGGUUCUUCGACAGCAGCCUGAUCGAGAUGAAGAGCCAGGCAAGCAGCACCAGCACCUUAGACUAUGACUCCACGGAGGAGGUCUGGAUACGCAGGGUAGACUUCGUGCAGGAACGAAAGAGGAAGGAACUUGGAUCGCAGCCUCUGCCGACAAUCGUGACCGAGGAUGCAGACAAUUCGAGUCAAGCCUCCCAGGAUCAGGGUCAAAGACCUCGUGCAGGAACAUGGGGGUCGCACUCGAGGACCAUCAGAAAGCCGACCUCCGGCAGCGCCCCUGGUUCCGGAAAGUCGACGCCCCUUCCGCAACCGGCGGAACCAUCCAGUUCGUCGAGCUCGAGCAAAGGUGGUAGAAAAGUUUCCGGCACACGGUCUGGCUCUACCAGCCGCAGCAACAGCCGCAGCAAUAGUGCCGAACGACGAAGAAGCGGCGGAACCGUCGACGACACGGCCAGCCCGACCAGGAAACCGGCGCUGUUCGACGCGUUCAGGCCAAGGAGCAAGUCCGAUGCUAGCAAAAGAAAACCCAGUAUUAUAGCGAACAUGAAGAGCGCUGUGCAGCAUUCUUUGCACAGAGGCUCUCAUGGAAGUUCGUCGACAGAUGUACAUACAGAUAAAGAUCAUCAUAAAGACGGCAAAGAUCAUAAGGAGGGCAAGGAAAUUAUGGGUCGUCCUCGUUCCGGAUCAGAAAGCAGCAGGAAUCCUGUGAGCAAAGUUAUGGAUCUCAUCAGACACAGGAGCCACAGUGCUUUGAGUUCAGAGGACAAACGGAAAGCGAGGACCGCGGCUCAGCACCAGGCUCAAAUAGCGGCGCAGGGUGCGCUGAGAAGGAGUUCCCUUGAUCCUGGCGCGAGGAGGUUCUCCCUGGGGACACCUGCGAUACCUCAUAGGGCAUCAGACGCCUGUCUAGAUCCUGUCCACGCUGCCAUACUCUUCAGGGACGCCAGAGGGCUGCCUGUUGUUGAUCCUUUCCUGGAGAAAGUGUCGCUCUCUGAUCUCAAGGAGGACGAAUCACAGAUCUUCGUGAAGUUCUUCAAAUUUCACAAAUGUUACGACCUAAUACCAACCAGUGCCAAGUUGGUCGUUUUCGACACUCAUCUCCUCGUAAAGAAGGCCUUCUUCGCUCUUGUCUACAAUGGUGUGAGAGCUGCGCCAUUAUGGGACAGUGCAAGGCAAGAAUUUGUGGGGAUGUUAACUAUAACAGACUUUAUAAAAAUUCUGCAGAUGUACUACACCAGCCCAUCUGUAACAAUGGAUGAAUUGGAAGAACACGAGUUAGAUACAUGGAGAAAAGUCUUGAAGGAUCAGGUUCAUCCAUUAGUGAGCAUUAGCCCUGAUGCAUCUUUGUACGAGGCCAUUAAAACUCUUAUUCACAAUAGAAUUCAUCGUUUGCCUGUGAUAGACCCAGAUACUGGAAAUGUUCUCUAUAUCUUGACACACAAACGAAUACUUAGGUUCCUCUUUCUAUAUAUACAUGAGCUACCAAAACCAUCAUUUACAAAUAAAACACUGAGGGAGUUAAGGAUAGGUACAUUCGAUAAUAUUGAAACAGCAACAGAAGAAACUAGCAUAAUUUUAGCACUCAAGAAAUUUGUCGAGAGGAGAUGCUCAGCAUUGCCGAUCAUUGAUGCUGAAGGAAAAUUGGUUAACAUUUAUUCUAAGUUUGAUGUUAUUAAUUUAGCUGCAGAGAAGACAUAUAAUAAUCUAGAUAUUUCAUUAAGAGAAGCAAAUGAGCAUCGUAAUGAAUGGUUUGAAGGAGUUCAAAGUUGUAAAUUAGAUGAAACGCUGUUUACUGUUAUGGAAAAAAUUGUUAGGGCCGAGGUCCAUAGGCUAGUAGUGGUUGAUGAUGAUGAUAAAGUGAUUGGUAUAAUUUCUCUAUCUGACUUACUCUUCUACCUCGUUCUUAGGCCUUGCGGUGAAGAUGGCAGUAGCAAUAAAAAUAGUUCUAUAUCGUUAAGAGCACAGGAUUCUGUAUCAAAGGCUCCGAGUUCUGUGCAGUCGGAAGCUUCUCUUGCUGAUGGUGAACAAGAAACUGAAGUAGACGCAGCUAAAGUAAACCAGUCUGAAGAAGCACCCGCGACACCUAGUCCACCGCUGAGUCCAGCAGCGUCAGAUAUUUCUGAACCUCAAUCUAAUUUAGUAAAUCAGUCUCAAGAACCUGCAUGGAGAGAAGUAACUGUGUCAGGGGGCGAAUGAGGCAACGUAAUGUGCUGUUAAGCAUGAAAUUGUGACCGGUUUCUCGCUGUAAAAUUAAGAUUAAAUUUGCAGUUGAACAGCG